AUGGCUCCCCUUUACAAGGCCGCAGCAGCAUUCUGCCUCGUCGGGCUGAGUUGGCUCCAGUCCGAGGCUACCCCGGAAAUAAAAUAUAAAUAUGUGACAGCAACAGUAGACGAAGACGCCUACUUGACAGUCAAGUUGGCCCGUAAUGGACAAAUUUCAGCUAUAGUCGAAAAGGACACUACUACCGUCAGCGAAUUGGAGACAAAAGUAAAAGCCGAAGAAAGUACAAACGAGACGUGCGACGAUUUAAUAAAAGACCACCUUAAGACGAUCUUUUAUCACAGUUUCGAGUACACAGCAGAUCCAAACUAUCGCACACUGGUGCAAGAAGCUCUCACGACCGGACUACAAGCAUUCGGCGAAGAGUACUUCAAGGAGCUUAGCACACGAACAACUCAAUUAAAAAGUAUGACGGAAGAAGAUCUGAAGGAUCCUGUUGUAACCAGCUCUGCAAGUGCUGCCGUUCCCAGCAUUCUAACUGCCGGUUUGGUCGCCAUCCUGGCAUAG